AUGGGCGCGGGGGCGCUCGCCCUGGGCGCCUCCGAACCCUGCAACCUGUCGUCGGCCGCGCCGCUGCCCGACGGCGCGGCCACCGCGGCGCGGCUGCUCGUGCUCGCGUCGCCACCCGCCUCGCUGCUGCCUCCCGCCAGCGAGGGCUCAGCGCCGCUGUCGCAGCAGUGGACUGCGGGCAUGGGCCUACUGCUGGCGCUCAUCGUGUUGCUCAUCGUGGUGGGCAACGUGCUGGUGAUCGUGGCCAUCGCCAAGACCCCGCGGCUGCAGACGCUCACCAACCUCUUCAUCAUGUCGUUGGCCAGCGCCGACCUGGUCAUGGGACUGCUGGUGGUGCCUUUCGGGGCCACCAUCGUGGUGUGGGGCCGUUGGGAGUACGGCUCCUUCUUCUGUGAGCUCUGGACUUCUGUGGACGUGCUGUGUGUGACGGCCAGCAUCGAGACCCUGUGUGUCAUCGCCCUGGACCGCUACCUCGCCAUCACGUCGCCCUUCCGCUACCAGAGUUUGCUGACGCGCGCGCGAGCGCGGGCCCUCGUGUGCACAGUGUGGGCCAUCUCGGCUCUAGUGUCCUUCCUUCCCAUCCUCAUGCACUGGUGGCGGGCCGAGAGCGACGAGGCGCGGCGCUGCUACAAUGAUCCCAAGUGCUGCGAUUUCGUCACCAACCGGGCCUACGCCAUCGCCUCGUCCGUUGUCUCCUUCUACGUGCCCCUGUGUAUCAUGGCCUUCGUGUACCUGCGAGUGUUCCGCGAGGCCCAGAAGCAGGUGAAGAAGAUCGACAGUUGCGAGCGCCGCUUCCUCGGCGGCCCGACCCGGCCGCCCUCACCCGCGCCCUCGCCGUCGCCAGGGCCACCGCGCCCCGCAGACUCGAUGGCCAACGGGCGCUCCAGCAAGCGGCGGCCGUCGCGCCUCGUGGCCCUGCGCGAGCAGAAGGCGCUCAAGACGCUGGGCAUCAUCAUGGGUGUGUUCACGCUCUGCUGGCUGCCCUUCUUCCUGGCCAACGUGGUGAAGGCCUUCCACCGCGACCUGGUGCCGGAUCGCCUCUUCGUCUUCUUUAACUGGCUGGGCUACGCCAACUCGGCCUUCAACCCCAUCAUCUACUGCCGCAGCCCCGACUUCCGCAAGGCCUUCCAGCGUCUGCUCUGCUGCGCGCGCCGGGCCGCCCGCAGACGCCGCGCAUCCCACGGGGACCGGCCGCGCGCCUCGGGCUGCCUGGCGGGAGCUGGGCCGCCUCCGUCCCCCGGAGCUCCCUCGGACGACGACGACGAUGAUGCCGGGGCCACACCGCCCGCGCGCCUGCUGGAGCCCUGGGCUGGCUGCAACGGCGGGGCGACAACUGUGGACAGCGAUUCGAGCCUGGACGAGCCGGGGCGCCGGGGUUUCUCCUCCGAAUCCAAGGUGUAG